AUGUUAUGUACUGCUCGGAUGCUUCAGUCAGCGCUCGAGGGAACUCGGGACUAGAGCUAGAGGGAGCUGAGAGGAAGAAGGGGAAAAUGGGCUCCAGUAGGGUUGGUACAGUUUCCCUUGUUCUUCUACUGCUCAUCGUCGUUUCGGUUUGCGCCGCAGGAGGCAGGGGGCUGGCCGAAGAAAAGAUUCAGAAGGAACAUCACAACGCUGUGCACAAGGAGGGAACGACAGCUCCAGGCAGCCAUCCAAGGAACCUCAUGGUGAAGACGAACGACUACGGCCGCUACGACCCGACUCCAGCGUUCUCCAGGCCUCGCUUCAAGCCUAUACCUCACUGAUGGACAUGACUGCUGCUCUGCUCCUGCACAGAGUCAUAUAUAUUUUUAAACUUAGGAAAACCAGUGCCCGAACCAGUGGUUCGCAUACCUUGCAGAAACAACAACCACUGGUUCGGGCACUGGUUUUCCUAAGUUUGUAUACUAUGGUUGUUGUUUCUGCAAGGUAUGCGAACCACUGGUUCGGGCACUGGUUUUCCUAAGUUUGUAACUGAUAUAAGAGUAAGGGUUGUACUGUAUGCCAAAUAUAUUUAUAGUAAUGAAAUAUGCCAAAAAAAUAUGUUUAGAAACUCCA